UCGUUGCCCGUGGUUAUGCUGCUGCCGCGGUUCUGUUGCUGCCGCGGUUCUGCCGUUCCCCGGAGCCGGCGCUCAGAGCUGCCUAACCCUCUCUGGGAGCAGCAGCUUGUUCCGCGUUGGGAGCACUGCGCGUCCGUGCCGCCUUUUCGGAGGUUUCUGGCCGCAGCCACCGCGUGGGGCGACUUCGUCUGCCUUUUGCCUAGUGCCUGUCCUCAUCCCCUUUAUUUCCUUGUCCCUCGUCCCCAUCCCCACCCGGAGGCAAGCAGUGCCCGGGUCCUUCCUUGCUGCCGGGUUGCCCCCAGCAGGGCCAUGGCGUUUCACGCCCUGCAGAAGAGACUCAGGGGGCUCUUCAGCGAUAGGCGACAGCAGUCGCCAUCCAGCAGCCCGUCUGGGCAGCCCUGUGCCACCACCAGCGGUGCCGCCGAGCACAGGGAGAAGGUCCAGGGCAGGCUGCACCGCGCGGCUGCCCGCGGCGACCUGGCCUGGCUCAGACGGUGGCGCUGGUAUUAUAAGAGAGUCGGCAUCGACCCGCCAGACCAGCAGAGGCGGACGCCUCUGCAUCUUGCUUCUGCGAAUGGCCACGCAGAUGUCAUUAGAUAUCUAGCAGGAAAGAACUGCAAGCUGAAUGUGGCUGAUAACUUAAAAAGAACUCCACUGAUGAGGGCAGUACAGUGCCAGCAAAAGAAAUGUGUGGCUGCUCUGCUAGAACAUGGUGCUGACCCAAAUCUGGCAGAUGCUGAUGGCAACACUGCCCUUCACCUGGCUGUCCUGUCUGGUAACACCACUGUAGCAGGGCUGUUGCUUGAGCACAAUGCCAGUAGUGAUGCUGAGAACCAGGAGGGAUAUACCCCCUUAAAUCUUGUCUCCAAGCAGCAUGAAGAGAUGCUGGAGUGUCUUCUAAGAAAAGCAGGUGAUGGGUAUGCUGCUGAGCAGUGUGAAAGGGCUGCUCUUGCGGUUACUACAAGCCAUGAGGCUGAUGUGGAGGAAGAGAACCUGCGCUUGCAGGAAGAGAACCUGCGCUUGCAGGAAGACAAGCUGCACUUGGAGGAAGAGCUGGAGAAGGUUAAAGUGGAGUUGCAGGAGAUGGAAGAGAAAUAUCUAAAUUCUGAGCGUUGUGUUCAGAACUUGAUGGCUGCCUUGGAGGAGAAAGACAGACAAGAGGUAGCUGCUACCCUGGAACUGGAGGACCAGCUGUCGGCAUACGUUGAGUACCAGACUACUGUGAAACAACUGGAAGAACACAUGCUAUGCCUUGAAAUUCAGAAUGCCAGAUUGGAAGCCACUGUCCAGCAACAAAGCAACAGGACUGAAGACCUGCAGAGAGACCAUCAAGCCUCUGCCUCAUUGCAGGAGAUGGAAGAGAAAUAUUUAAAUUCUGAGCAUUGUGUUCAGAACUUGAUGGCUGCCUUGGAUGAGAAAGAUAGACAAGAGGUAGCUGCUGCCCAGAACCAGGUGUCAGCAUAUUUUGACUACCAGACUACAGUGAAACAACUGGAAGAACACGUGCUACGCCUUGAAAUUCAGAAUGCCAGAUUGGAAGCCACUAUCCAGCAACAGAACGACAGGUUUGAAGCCCUGCAGAGAGACCUACCAGCCUCUGCCUCAUUGCAGGAGAUGGAAGAGAAAUAUCUAAAUUCUGAGCGUUGUGUUCAGAACUUGACGGCUGCCUUGGAGGAGAAGGAAAGAGAAACAACUGCUUCUGCCAAGAAACUGCAGGACCAGGUGUUGAAAAAUUUGGAGACUGUGAAACAACUGCAAGAAGAGAUGCAACGCCUUGGAUUUGAAAAGACCUGUUUGGAAGCAACUGUCCAACAACAAAGCAGCAGGAUUGAAGCUCUGCAGAGAGAGCGUCGAGCCACUACCUCAGCACAGGCAGCCUCCCAGGAGAGACUGGAACACAUCAAAGCAAGUCAUCAUGCUUCUCGGAGAAACCAGCUAAAAGACAGAAUUGGAGAUCCUGAAUGUGAAUUGAACAAGAUAAAAAAUACUCCACAAGACGGUAUUUUCCCAGAAGAAUGUGCACAGGCAGAAGUGGAAGAGGACAAGGAGCUGUAUCCGGAGGAAGUGAAAACUAGACGAUGCCUAGCAAAGAAAGUGGAAAGGCAAGUCCAUAUUUUUUGGAGUGGUAAUAAAAGUGACUCCUGUUUCCUCAUGCAUCUUCCUUCCAAAUCACUCUUCUCCACCUGCUCAGCAUCAUGUGUGGAAACAUGA